UAACACACGUCUGGCCAACAGUGCUGCAGGUACGAGGAAGGACGAGAAGGACACGCGGUUUUUUCGGUCCUUGCGUCUGGUUAUUGCUGAAUCCCGCGUUUAUUUCUGCUGUUUGUUCUCCGUCUGGGUGUUGUAAGGAUGCGCGCGCUUUCCGUUUUUGGUUUGUUUGCGUUUUUCGCCGCGACUGCGGCUGAUACUCCGGCAAACUGCACCUAUGAGGACCUGCUGGGCACCUGGAUUUUCAGUGUGUCCAAUGUGGGUCAGGACAGAACCAUCAACUGCUCCAGUACAGGCCAGGCAGUGAGCACAGUGACUGUGGACCUGCAGAAGCUGUCUGUAGCUGUGGAUGAUCAGGGUCACACCGGCUUCUUCACGCUCAUCUAUAACCAGGGCUUCGAGGUGGUGAUCAAUGACUACAAAUGGUUCGGGUUUUUCAAGUAUACUCAGCAGGGCUCAGAGGUGGUGAGUUACUGUGAUCAGACGCUGCCCGGUUGGGUUCAUGAUGUUUUGGGCAAUAACUGGGCCUGUUUCACUGGGAAGAAAGUGCAGCCCAUCCCUCCCCGAGUGGACCGUCGUCACAUGCUUGGAUUUGAGCACUGGCUGCUGAUGAAGCUGCCGUACACGAACAACAUGAUGUUUGUGGAUGAAAUAAACUCCAUUCAGAAGUCUUGGAAGGCAACGGCGUACAGUUUUCAUGAGACCCUGUCCAUAAAUGAGAUGCUGAGAAGAUCAGGAGGACCUGCCUCCAGGAUUCCACGACGUGUCAGGCCUGUGACUGUUGCUGCGGACAGUAAAGCAGCCGCUGGUCUUCCUCAACACUGGGAUUGGAGAAACGUUAACGGAGUCAGCUUUGUCAGUCCAGUUCGCAACCAAGCUCAGUGUGGCAGCUGUUACUCUUUCGCCACUAUGGGAAUGCUGGAGGCGCGAGUGCGGAUCCAGACCAACAACACCCAGCAGCCGGUAUUCAGUCCGCAGCAGGUGGUGUCCUGCUCGCAGUAUUCACAAGGUUGUGAUGGAGGCUUUCCCUACCUGAUUGGAAAAUACAUCCAGGAUUUUGGCAUCGUUGAGGAGGACUGUUUCCCGUACACUGGGUCCGAUUCUCCCUGCAACCUGCCUGCGAAGUGCACAAAGUACUACGCCUCCGAUUACCACUACGUCGGCGGGUUUUACGGCGGAUGCAGCGAGUCGGCCAUGAUGCUAGAGCUGGUGAAGAACGGCCCCAUGGGAGUCGCUCUGGAGGUCUAUCCCGAUUUCAUGAACUAUAAAGAGGGAAUCUACCAUCACACUGGCCUGCGGGAUGCCAAUAACCCAUUCGAGCUGACCAAUCAUGCUGUGCUGCUGGUGGGUUACGGCCAGUGCCAUAAAACCGGAGAGAAGUACUGGAUCGUGAAGAACAGCUGGGGAAGCGGAUGGGGAGAAAACGGCUUUUUCAGGAUCCGUCGUGGAACGGAUGAGUGCGCCAUCGAGAGCAUCGCCGUCGCUGCUACACCAAUCCCCAAACUGUAGAGAGAAAGAGCGUUCAGAUGUGAUUUUAACCCAUUCUGCUUUUAUCUCUGAAUGUUUUAUAAUACCACUUGUGCAGUUUAAAGGGAAAGUUCACCCAAAAAUGAAAAUUUGCUUACUGUUUACUCGCCCUCAAGUGGUUCCAAACCCUUUUGAGUUUCUUUUUUUUUUGAUAUUUCGCCAUCGAGAGCAUCGCCGUCGCUCCUACACCAAUCGCCAAGCUGUAGAAAGAGCAUUCAGAUGUCAUUUUUAACUCAUUCUGAUUUAUUUGUGAAUGUUUUUUUUUUAAUGCCACUUGUGCAGCUUAAAGAGAUAGUUCACCCAAAAAUGGGAAUUUGCAAACGAUUACUCGCCA